AUGGCGUCUUACCCAAUUCUCCCGGAGAAGCUCCUUCUUAUCUCUCUAAAGAUGUACUUCACCCCAGACCGGACACUCACCUAUCUCCGCGACCUCCUCAACCCAACCAACGAGAUCGUCCACCCGGCAAAUAAAGACAAACUUCUCCUAGCACUAAUCCCCGACUUCCUAACCAUCUGGCCCUGCGCCCAAAUCAUCAAAGAAUACGAAACCAACCUGACCACCACCACCGGAACCCCCAAUUCCACACCCCCUUCCUCCUCGGCGCCCAAGACUGUUUCUGGGAAUCCCAAGGCGCAUACACUGGCGAAGUGCUGCUCAAUCGUCGAACUAGGCCACGCCGAGCGCCGUGCCAUCUUCAACGAAACAGACGACCAAACCGCCCGAAAAGCCGCCGCAACUUGCGCACAGCAUAUGGUUCCACUCGUCUGUAUCGGCGAGGUGACAGCUCCGGGCCCAAUCGCCUCGCAAGCUGUCGGCCAGGCUGUUACGGAGUGCGCGGUGCUGGUGCGCGCUGUUCUAGCUGCUAUCCCUGACGACGCGCCCGUUAUCUUUGCCUACGAGCCUGUUUGGGCUAUUGGACAGCCGAAGCCGGCGGGUGUUGAUCACGUUGCUGCUGUUGUGCAGGGUAUUCGGGCUGUUAUUGGUUCCCGGUCUGGUACGACAAGGGUCUUGUAUGGGGGUAGUGCGGGGCCGGGUCUUUGGGGGACUGGUGGGCUUGGUCGCGCGGUUGAUGGGAUGUUUUUGGGGAGGUUUGCGCAUCAGAUUGAGGGUGUGCGGGAGGUUGUUCGUGAAGUCGAGGAGACGCUGGCUCUGGUGUGA